CAUUUUUAUCCGAAUACAUGAAUAUCGGUUCUUUUGUUUUUAUCUUUUCCCUUUUUGGUUUUUUUCCUCGAUUACCAAAACACAAAGCAAACCGCCGUCGAACGAUUUUGAUUUAUAUUAUGUGAUUUAUUCAUAGUAAUACUCAAUUCUAUCAAAUUUGAUUGAUUCAUUUAAUAACUCAUAAAAGUCAUAAAUUUAAAAAAAAACAUGCCACCUUUUAAAAAACCAACUUUGGUAACAUUACGACGACCGAAUCCAAGCCAAGCUUGGGGUUUCCGUUUAGGUGGUGGUGCUGAAAUUGGUCAACCAUUUCAGAUACAAAAAGUCACACCAGAUAGUUUAGCUUAUUUGGGUGGCCUUUCUGAAGGUGAUGAAUUAGUUCGAAUUGGAAACAUUUCUUUACGUGGCCUAACACAUGAUGAAGUUCAACAAAUUAUUCUUCGAUGUACACAUUGUAUUGAUCUAUUUAUUCUUUGCGAUGAUGGUCGUGAUGUUGAACCACGAAUUGAAAGAAACGUAGAAAUUAUUUCGGAAAGAUCGGAUGUACCUCAUAUGGAACGUCCACCACAUUUUCCACCAAUUCCAUUCAAGCCACCUAUUUAUUCACAUUAUCAGCAACAACAACAGCAACCACAAUUACAACAGCAACAGCCCAAUCAAAUAAUGUCGGGCAAUUAUCAAGUUGGUAUUCAGCCAACACAGGUACAAAUGCAAAUGAUGGUCCCACCACCAAUGCUAAAUGGAAAUCAAGGUAAAUUUCUCGAUACACAAUCGUUUAAUAGUCCAUCACCUGAUUCUGCAAUCGGACAAUUUAAACCUAUACAAAGUCCUGAACCAAAUAACAAUAUUAUACAAAGAUCUAAUCAACAACAACAACAACAAAAACUUAUACGUCCAGAAGCAACACAACCAGGACAACCUCGAAAAGAUAUGCGUGUUUUUGGUAUCAAUCCACGCUCACCAUCAAAAUCUCCGAGUCGAAUGCUGUUGAAUCAUUCAAUGUCAGUGACAACACCAACGUCAAACUAUUCAUCAUUAUCACCGGCAUUUCCUCAACAGCAACAGCAACCACAACAACAAUUGAUGCAACAAGUUACACAAUCAACACCAUCAACACCUACAAUUGGUAGAAAUUUCAAUUUUAACGAUACAAAUAACAAUCCUAUUCGUGUUGAUUCGAAUAAAAAAAUAUUUGGCUUAUCAAAUACAAAUCAUACAAUGGUAAAAUCAAUCGAACCGAUUGGUAAUCAUGGUGUACAACCGGUUAAUAAUGAGAAAAAAUAUUUUGGUGUCAAUCAACGACAACGAUUAAAUUCAAUUAGUUCGGAUCGUGAUUGGAAAGAUCCAUUACCUAUUGUGAAUAUUCCAAAUGUUGAUCAAUUGUUACCAUCACAGACAAGACAAAUGCAAACAUAUAUUAAUCAAACACCGCCGACAAUUAAAAAUUUACGACCAUCAUUAUCCGGUAUUGAGCGAAGAAAAAUUCGUCCAGUAUGGCCACCACCAUUACCGAACGUACAUAAAGGUGCAUAUGUUGAAGGUCGAGAUUCACCACAUAAUCAAGAAUAUGCAUGGCCACCAAGUCGAGCACAAUCUGUUGAUCGUGAUUUUGGUUAUGGUGAUCGUCCUAGUUCACCAUUUGUUAAUUAUGGUCGUGUACGUUCAUCAACUCGUAUUUGGCCACCACCAAGUAAUGCAACACCAGCCGGUAGAUCCGGUUAUAUACCGGAUGAAAAUGAUGACACAAAUUAUGCAUAUAAUCCAAGUCGUGAACAAAGUCCAGCCCCCGGUUGGAUUAGCUCACAUGUACCCAAUACUUAUCGUACACCGCCUGGAACACAAUUUAUUGCAACAACAGGAUUAAUACAAGAUUUUUAAAUCAUAUAAACCAAAUUAGACGAAAAAAAAAUCUUUUUUUUCCACUUAAUCAACCAUCUUAUUAUUUUUGCCUUUCCCAUUAAUAGUUAAAGUUUUUUUUUCUGUGUCUAUUCUUUCUUGCCUGUUCACACACAAACAUAUAUUUCAUAAUCAUAAUGAACAACAAAACAAAACU